AUGUCUAGAGGUAGGGGUGCCGGUUCUCCGAACCCGCCAAGUGAGGCGUCCACUACCACAUCGGGCGCUCGUGUGCACACCGCUAGCGUUCCCCCCUUGAAGUAUCCGGUGAUUUUAGCCACCGCCCAAUUGGAGCUCGUGGGCCCUCAGGGCAUGAAGACCUCACGGAUUGUGUGGGCGCCGUGUUCUUCGGACUCGCCUGUGGAAUGUCGGUUGACUACUGUCACUUUCGGAACGACCUGUGCUCCGUAUCUCGCGAUACGUACGCUCAUGCAAUUGGCCGAGGACGAACGUGGUCGGUUCCUUCUUGGGGCUCGGUGUCUUGACUCUCAAACUUACAUGGACGACACUUUCGCCGGCGCGGACGAAUUUCCGGUGGCGAUCCGCACCCGUCAGGAGCUGAUUGAUCUUUUAAGGUCGGCCGGCAUUGAGCUCGACAAAUGGGCGGCCAAUCAUCCUGAUUUGCUUCCCUCUUCCGCGAGUUCGUUUAAAGCAAAGGACUUCAAACCGAUUAGUAACGACGAGUCCAUAAAAACUCUAGGGGUCCGUUGGCACCCUGGUCAGGAUGAAUUUCGGUUUUCGACCUUGGAAUUUAAUGAGCUUCCCGGAGCGUCUACCAAACGCUCCGUGCUUUCCAACAUUGCUCACUUGUUCGAUCCUCUUGGUUGGUUGACGCCGAUCACGGUCACCGCCAAAAUUUUGAUGCAGGAUCUCUGGAUUUUGAAGUGCGAUUGGGACGCUGCUCUACCGGCUGAAUUUCAGAAUAGGUGGUUAGAUUAUUGUAACUCCCUUCCAUCCCUUCCCAAUCUGGCGAUCAAUCGAUGGCUGGGGUCCUCUAGUGCUUCAGCAUCACAGAUCCAUGGAUUUUUCGAUGCCUCGUCUCGUGCGUAUGCUACGGUUGUCUACGUUCGAAUUGACGAGGGAAAUGGGCGGUUUCGUGUUUCUCUUCUCGCGGCCAAGAGCAAGGUCGCUCCUGUGAAAACAAUGAGCAUUCCCAAUUUAGAAUUGUGUGGUACCGUACUGCUCACCAAGUUGUUUCUUCACGUGCGAAAGCUUGAGUUGUUGCAGAAUCUCCUUGUGUUUGCGUGGUCGGAUAGUCAGAUUGUCUUAACCUGGCUCAAAAAAUAUCCGUGUUAUUGGAAGACCUUCGUGGCAAACCGCGUAUCUUUCAUUCAGACCGAGCUGCCGAGUGCAGCUUGGGCCCAUGUCCCAACUAAACAGAACCCCGCGAAUUUGGCCUCGCGGGGGUGCAAACCCUUUGACCUGAUCCGCGAGGAUCUGUGGUGGAAGGGGCCCGAGUGGCUCGUGAUGUACGAGGACCGUUGGCCUAAGGAGGUGGUGGCUGUGCAGACAUUGCAUGUCAAGAGUGCUCCGGCGGAACUGGAGCUGUUGAGUAGGUUCUCCUCUUUGACUCGUUUGAUUCGUGUAGUAGCCUAUUGUCUACGACCAUUGAUUAGAUUGCGAAGACGCAGAAUUUCCCCUGAAGAAUUACCUAGAUUCUUGACCGCCGCGGAACUGUCGGGAGCUCGAGCCGUGGUCAUCAAAAUGUCUCAGGGGCAUGCGUUCGGGGAGGAAUUACAGUUGUUGCGAUCGGGCAAGAGCCUGCCGAAGCGUCACACAUUGUUGCAGGUGAACCCAAUCUUCGACCCGACGGACGGCAUUCUACGUGUUGGGGGUCGCAUUGCGAACCGUCGUUUGUUUGUGCGAUCUGCUGACAAGGCGUUACAGGCCAUGUUCAAGGGUGCGUCAGCCUUUUAUAAGGACUCGGACGCCUCUUUAGCCGGGGACGGCACUACAUGGAGGUUCAUUCCCCCGAAUUCACCUCACUAUGGAGGCCUGUGGGAGGCUUGA